UGCCAGAAGGGCAAAGCAGGUGGGAAGGGAAAGGAGGAGAAGCGUGCGAUCUAGUAUCCAAGGCUGUAAGAGCGUUAGCAGAGUAAACGGACGCAGGGCCAUAUUCCACUGCUCCGAGCUCCACCAAAAAAAAAAAAAAGCAAACAUCCCCUAAAACUCCAGUAUAAUUGGAGAGAGGAAAUCACCAAGGCGGAAAGGGAGGAUCUGACUAGAAAACGAGGAGAAGCAGAAACGAAGCCAAGAAAAGCCAGCAUUGAAAGAAGGACAAAACUGCGGAAGGCAAAAAGAACCACAACCGAGACCAUGUGGUUACAUUACGGCUCCGGUGGAAUCAAAACAAACCUGCGUGGCCCCGCCCAGCGCCGGUCACAUGACUUGCACGUGAGCGGCGCUUCCGGAAGAGCCGGUAGCAACCGCUGGAAUUCCUUUCUGUGCACGGGCUGCAGAGCCAGAGCCUUGGCCCUGCUGGGACCCUCUCACUCUCCACUCCACGUUUGGGUUUCGGGCGGAGCUGGAGCCGUGCUAGCCAUGGCGGCGGGCUCGGGGGCCACCACCGCUGCGGGCGCUGCAGUUGGAACUGGAGAGGAGGAAGGUGAAUAUGUCAAACCUUUCACACCAGAGAAAGCAAAAGAAAUUAUCAUGUCUUUACAGCAACCUGCUGUCUUCUAUAAUAUGGUUUUUGAUUGGCCAGCACAACACUGGACUGCUGAGCACCUUUCCAAGGUCCUUCAUGGCAAGCAGAUACGAUUUAGGAUGGGAAUGAAAAGUACAGAUACAGUUCCUCAGUUUGAAACUUCAUGUAAUUAUGUAGAAGCUACACUUGAAGAGUUUCUGACCUGGAACUGUGACCACUCUAGUAUUUCUGGACCAUUUAUAGAUUAUGAUUAUUCCAAAUUCUGGGCUUAUGCUGACUAUAAAUAUGUUGUCAGUCUAUUUGAAGACAAGACAGAUAUUUUCCAGGAUGUGAUAUGGUCUGACUUCGGGUUUCGUGGAAGAAAUGGACGGGAAAGUACAUUGUGGAUUGGCUCCCUGGGGGCUCACACACCCUGUCAUCUGGAUUCAUAUGGUUGCAACUUGGUAUUCCAGGUACAAGGAAGGAAAAGAUAGCAUCUCUUUCCCCCUGAAGAUACUCCUUUCCUUUAUCCAACUAGAGUCCCUUAUGAAGAAUCUAAUGUGUUUAGUAAAGUCAAUGUUGUCAAUCCUGAUGUAAAAGGUUUUCCUUAGUUUCAGGAAGCUCGAAGACAUGUGGUUACACUGAGCCCAGGACAGGUUCUGUUUGUUCCCAGACACUGGUGGCAUUAUGUAGAAUCCGUUGAUCCUGUCACUGUCAGUAUAAACUCGUGGAUUGAAUUGGAAGAGGACCACCAGGCUCGGGUAGAAGAGGCAAUCACCCGCAUACUUGUGUGCGCCCUGAAAACUGCAGAGGACCCACACAGUACCAGGGCUUGGUUAAACCCAACGGAGGUUGAGGAAACAUCCCAUGAAGUCAAUUGUCGCUACUUAAAUAGAGUUGUUUCUGCCCUUUUUGAUCAUUACAGAACAUCUGAGACAGUAGAAAUCCAAUCACUCAGAACAAACGGAGAGAACCUGAAAAAGGAAGAAUUCAACGUGCACAACCUCAUGGAGGUAGACCAAACAGGCAGCCAGAACUUAACCUUGGGAACAGUAGGAGAGCAGGCAGCAACUCCCUUUGGCCCUGAUCUGGUUCCCAUACUACCGAGUUCUGAAGAUCCACCCUCAGAAAUAGGAGGCAUGUUUAAAAAUGAUGGUAAAGACUUUGUUGGCAAAGCUGGAGAGCACUUUGACAAAUUGCACUGUACCAAGAAGCAACGAAUGAUGAGUGGACGUGAGAAUGAAAUUGUGGAACGCAUUGCUUCAAAUAGUACCAUGGCCCCUUCCCAAACAGUCAUUUCUACAGAUGACUUACUGGACUGCUUGGUGAAUCCACAAGUAACCAAGAUAGUGGCACAACUUUUGAUACAAGGAAGGAGUUUGUGAUUGUAAUAGAAAAUGACUUUAAAUAUUUCAAACAUUUUUAAAAUAGUGUGAUUUUUAAUUAAAAGAUGAAACAAUGAAAA